AUGGAUUAUAGUAGUGAUGAUUCAAUGGACGAUCCCGAUUUCUGUCCCAGUACAGAAGAUGACGACGAUUCAAGUGAAUCAGAUAGUGGAAAUGAAGCUUGGAAUCCACCAGCUACAUCAAGAAGAAUGUCAACAUUUUCAGAGGAUCAGUUACCUGCACUGCCAAAUAUACAGAGACGAAAAACUCCACGAUCAAGAACAAUGCCACCAGAUGAUAUAGCCAACCUUCCAAGUACUUAUGGAACUACCUCAGAAGAAAUACCAGAGUCUGAAUGGGUCAAACAAAAAAUAGAAAAUAUAGAAUGGGAUAUGCCAACUGCAGAUAAUCCAGAACCGAUACCGUACACUGUGCCUUUUUCAGGAAUGAAAGAUAUUUACACGGGCAUCUUAGCAACUGCAAACCCUAUUGAAUACUUUGAACUUUUUCUGACAAGAGAUAUUGUGGAGCUCAUUGUUGAACAAACAAAUCUUUUUGCUACACAAAACCUAUUAUCUAACGACGACGUGGGUCCCAGCUCGAGCUCAUUCUUGGUAUCCAGUCACUGUCGACGAGAUGAUCAAAUUUUUGGCACUGAUUGGUUGGAUGGGCUUGGUCAAACUGCCUGCUAUAAGACUACUGGAGAAUUCAUAAGCUUUAUGGAAUUCCAUUGGCAAGGACAGUCAUGCCAAGAAAUCGAUUCGAGCUAA